UUCCGGUCCGUGUUGUCGUUCUUUUUAGCAAAAUGGCUCCAAAACCGAAACCUACGGACAAAGCAGCUGGCAAACCGGCUGAGAAGAAAACAGAAAAGAAAACUGAGAAGAAGCCAGCAACAGCUGCUUCCACAACAAAGGUGACAAAACCAGCUGCCAAGCCAGCAGCUGCAAAAAAAACAGCAGCAGCAAAAUCAGCUGGUGCAGCAAAGCCUGCAGCUAAACCAGCCGCGAAGCCUGCGCCUAAGGUUGCUGCCAAACCACUAAUCAGUAAACCUAAGAAGAAUGUCCAAGCUGCGAAGAAAACACCUAAAGGCGGAAAGUCAGCUGCAUCUCUGCAGAAGGCACUUAAAGUACAGAAGAAGAUAUUGAAGGGUGUACAUGGAUCAAGAGUGAGGAAAAUAAGGACGUCAGUACAUUUCCAUCGGCCAAAAACAUUCAGGCCGCCAAGGAAUCCUAAAUAUGCUAGGAAAUCUGUACCAAACAGGAAUCGCAUGGACGCGUUUAACAUUAUUAAAUUCCCAUUGACUACUGAGGCUGCCAUGAAAAAGAUUGAAGAAAAUAACACGUUAGUUUUUAUCGUACAUACCCGUGCAAACAAGUACCAUAUCAAAGCAUCCAUCAAAAAGUUGUACGAUGUUGAUGUGGCUACAGUUAACACGUUAAUCAGGCCGGACGGGAAAAAGAAGGCGUAUGUCCGUUUGACGCGUGAUUACGAUGCACUUGAUGUUGCUAAUAAGAUUGGUAUAAUAUAAAUAUACCUCCACGUGACGUAUAUGGAAGAAAGGAUAUAUCUGUACUGAUAAUAAAUAUUGAUAUAAAACCA